GUCCAAUCCAGCCGUCCAUAUUGCGACCACCUUGGCGCAGAUGUGUGAGCUGCAUACGUGACAUACGUGACACCAUGACGCCGUCACGCAUCACGCUGCUCUGUCUGGUGUUGCCACUGUUCGGCAUUACAGAGGCGGUCGAUAUCUCUUCGCCGUCAGCUCCAAAUAUGACGGUUGAUGGCGCCGCAACGUUUUCUGCCGGCUAUUAUUACAUCCCAGUUGGUAGGACAGUGAAUCUCACAUGUAGGGUGACGUCAUCAGUGUAUAAUUCAAGCAGUCUCGUUAUCGCACUGAACGACCGUCAACGUCAUGACGUGAUUAAGCGUGAUGACGCCACAGCACAGCUCACGGUAACCAAAAUGGCACCAGGGACGUUUUUCGGGCAAUGUUGUGUCAACAGUUGCCCAUCUAUGACCGAACGGAAUCCAUUCCAUCCGAGGAUAGCCCCGGUCACGCUCAGAUAUGGCGACCCACCUAAACCGGUGAACAUCACCUGCGCCUCCAUCGACGGCAUCAACCUCAACUGCUUCUUGACCACCAACGACACGGGGCAGUACACUAACUGGAACCUCACCUACUGCAUUGAGGAUUACAUACCAACAGACGACCCGCUGGCAUGUACAGGAGACAGUCCUCCCCUACCUGGCAACACGACCAGCAGCAAUACAUGUCGCCCGUCCCCCGACCGGUCCACCCCGGGACACGGGGUGAUGCUGUUUCUCUGCACCACUGAGAUGCUGGAGCGUCAGGUGUACAGGGUGCACGUGGAUGGCAGCAACAACUACGGCACGACUUCCCAUGAGACAUCGGUCUACACAGGGCCCAGUAUAGUGCAAUACAGUGCCGUAACAGGGCUUGAGGUGGACCCGAACGUCACGUCCACCAGUAUAACACUCCUAUGGGACGCGCCAGUACACAUCUCAGGGGCUGACCCUGUAUACAGUGUGGUGGUCACCCAGAGUGAGAUGGGAUACCGUGAGGUAUUUACCAGCACAGUCAACAGCUUCAAGGUAGCCCGGCUGAGACCGGCAACGACAUACCUCGCUGAAGUUCGGGCUAAACCGAGAUCGAGUCCCUAUUGGAGCAAUCCAACCUACAUCAAUAAAACUACACUGGAAGCAGCACCGGGUGUCCCACCAGGACUCAGCCCAGGGAUGUACACACGUUGGGAAGACGGUGUCCAUUUGUCGGUGUACUGGCAAGCGGUUCCUUCAGCUCUCCGCAAUGGCAACAUCACUCAUCAUCAGGUGUGUCUGUAUCUCCCCGACAACGCCUCCCCCUACUGCAACUCCUCCAUCCCUGGUGAUCAGUUCCACUACCUCCUGGAUCUCCCCACUGGGUCCGGCGACUGCACAGUCACAGUGCAAGCAGGGACACGAGUCGGGAUGUCAGAGCCGAGUGCACUCCGCAUUCCAAAGAUCGGACAAGCCCCUCAACGUCCGCUCUACGUGACUGUCGAACAACUAGACGAUUCCCGCUACAACGUCACGUGGGUGACAGCCAAUCCUAACGUCAGGCUGGAUCACGUGUUUGUCACCUGGUGUCAAGGUCUUCAUGCCAAUCAACAAAUAACAUGCAGAAAUGACGUUCACGCAGCAGUCAUUGACGGUAAUGCUUCUUUCUACAUUGUUACGCACGACCUUGACCCUGACCUGAGAAAGGGGGCGUGGUUUGGCGUGUCUACCAGCGUGGAUGACGUCAGUGAUGGAACAACAUGGAAUCAGUGCAUCUUUCAAACAGAUGGAGGGGCGGGCAGUCCGCCAGCAAUGGACGUGUUGUCAAACGCAAGUACAACAUGGCUGCCACUCGGGUUCAGUUACUGUGACGUGUCCAUCAACAAAGGACGUCCUCUCGUCUACGAAGUCUCCCUCCAGUCAAUAAACACAACGUCAUGCUCCGACAUCAACUGCACCGAUGGUGCGGUUGUACCGUCGCCUGCUCUAUUCGACACAACCGAUAUCAUCCUUCCUACGCUUACCCGCCGCGCCCUGUACUGCGUCUGUCUGAGGGUGAGGGGCAGAUUAAGGGUGGGGCCCUACAGCCACCCACCCAAGCUGGUAAACCUGUCAGUUCUUGAAGAUGCCCCUGGACAUGUGGACAUCGGUGCCAUUGUUGGCGUGACUACGGUACUGGCAAUCAUCGCGAUCGUGGCAAUGAUAUGUGCUGUCUACCAUCGUAAACGACUACACCCGCUGAUGAAGAUACCCAUUGACCUCGGCAUGUUCAGGGAUUUGGAGCCUUGCGUCACUGGUCAGGGUGGUGUUGAAGAGAAUCGAAUUGGUUCAGAGAAUCCAACUUUUCAGGACAUCCCCGCUGACCCGACGCCCGUGACCAGUCUUACCCAACACCAGGAUGGUAUAGCCACUACUGCAGACAACCAAUCCGAUACUGACAUCCUUCUUGAACUCUGCAGUAUACAACACGAGCAGACCUUUGCCCAUGGAUCACCCGACAAUGAUUCUGGCCACGCCAGUGAUGGAUGCCAGCUAGGAGUGUCAACCAAUCAACCGUGUAGGCCGUGCGUUCCAGAACAAGCAGCUGGGGCCGUAACAAAGGAUGGAGUGUCAGAGUCAGAGUCACACACUUCAUCAGGGUAUGAUUCGACCUUACACCGGUCGACAACAUCCCGGAGUAGCAUCAGUUACAGCGUAAAGGCGACACUGUUACUGGAUCGACCAGGUGAAGAAUAUGUAGUCUUGGGGGCACCCAGCAAGCCAGGUGAGACAUCCUUGAUGCCACGCAACGAACAGAACAGACAAGCUCCAAGAGCGGAAUCCCAACACGAAAGCAUCGCUGUAACUGAAAAUGGCGGUUACGUAGCAUACCCAGACCAAGUUGCAAGAGAGGGAAACGCGGUGCACAAUGAUACAAGGAAGGAAGAUGAAGAAAGCGUUGCUCAUUUGGACUACAUUAGUCCUGGGGACGUUGAUGACCCCAGGGAGAACCUUGAGUAUGUCCGGUGUGAUGUGUCUGUCCCGAGUACUGAUGUAGUUGGCCCCAGCACCAGCUCAGGAUAUGUUCAGUCCGCGUCCUCGGGUAGUGCCCAGGAGACUCGUGCUGACAGCCUUGACUAUGUCCAGGUUAACUUGAUGUGACUUGUGGAGUGAACCUUGACUGUUCAUAUCUCCUAGAUGUGACUCAUGGUAUGAACCUUGACUGUUUUAUCUGCUAGAUAUGACUUGUGGUAUGAACCUUUACUCUGUUCAGAUCUCCUAGAUAUUACUUGUGGCAUGAACCUUGACUGUUCAGAUCUCCUUGAUGUGACUUGUGGUAUGAAGCUUGACUGUUCAGGUUAACUUGAUGUGACUUGUGGAGUGAACCUUGACUGUUCAUAUCUCCUAGAUGUGACUCAUGGUAUGAACCUUGACUGUUUUAUCUGCUAGAUAUGACUUGUGGUAUGAACCUUUACUCUGUUCAGAUCUCCUAGAUAUUACUUGUGGCAUGAACCUUGACUGUUCAGAUCUCCUUGAUGUGACUUAUGGUAUAAAGCUUGACUGUUCAGGUUAACUUGAUGUGACUUGUGGAGUGAACCUUGACUGUUCAGAUGUCCUUGAUGUGACUUGUGGUAUGAACCUUUACUGUGUUCAGAUCUCCUAGAUAUUACUUGUGGUAUGAACCUUGGCUGUUCAGAUCUCUUGGAUGUGACUUUUGGUAUGAACCUUGACUUUCAGGUUUUCUUGAUGUGACUUGUGGAGUGAACGUUGACUGUUCAGAAGUCCUUGAUGUGACUUGUGGUAUAAACCUUUACUGUGUUCAGAUCUCCUAGAUGAUAUUUGUGGUAUGAACCUAAAUUGACUGUUCAGAUCUCUUUAAUAUGACUUGUGGUGUUAACUUUGACUGUUCAGAUCUUCUUGAUAUGACUUGUGGUAUGAACCUUGACUGUUCAGAUCUUCUUGAUAUGACUUGUAGUAUGAACCUUGGCUGUUAUAUCUUCUAGAUAUGACCUAUGGCAUGAACCUUGAUCUCUUGAUCAGAUCAUAUCAGAUUUUCUUGAUAUGACUUGUGGUAUUAACCUUGACUGUUCAGAUCUCGUAGAUGAGACCCGUGAAGAUCUUCAGGUCUUCAGCAACCCACGCU